AUGAACGGCCCGGGUUCUUGUGGUAUGUGCUUUUCCAUUGUUACACAUCUAUUGACACCUCAGCACCUGAAAAAUAUCACCGCCAUGAUCGUCAGGGACCUCAGACGUCUCUGCCUCAUCAUCGGUUCCUUUCUUUGCCUCAUCUCCAUCACCCGCAUCAUCUGGGUGUUCCCUUCUCUAGCCGGGACGAGCGGGACCAAAAUCCUAACCUCCCUCCUCGGCGACACUUUUGGUCGUUCCGACAGCAAAAGCGGCUCCUCGUCAUCAAGGAACCAAGUACCGUACCACGGCGGUGGCAGCAAUUCUUCCACUUCGUCUUCAUCCAAAGAUGGCACCGCCAAAUCCUCCCAGACGGGAGCUUCAAACGGCGACAGUAUCGCCCCGACGACGAACUCGAACACGCACCACAGCCAUCAAACAGUCUACUCAGUCUCCACCCCCAACGGCGCCUACUUUCGCAUCCAAUUCGCUUCUUCCUCUGAUGACGAGCACAUCACACCCGCUUUCAACCCCAACAUCAUCCCCCACCCAACCCGGCCAGGCAUCUUCAUCGUCGUCGCGCAAAAGUGGCAAGACCCGCUACCUCGCGAUCCAUCAUCCCCUGAUGACUCUGCUGAAAGCAAGAAACCACCACCACCACACAAGUUUCAGCACGUAACUACCUCGUCAGAAGUCCACUGUCUCGCUUCUUUCGUUGAUAUCACCACUUCCCCUUCCCCUCCCACUUCCCAAUCCCAAUCCCAAUCCCAAUCAAAACAUCCAGCGUCUCAAGAGAAAAAACAAAAGGAAAAGUCAAAAAUCCUCCGAUGUCUACCGGACCACCCGCCCUACCCGCUCCUGAUCUCGGCAACUCCAGGGAACAACUGCGUCGGACCCCUCUUGGGAGUCUUGACGUUCAAUGUCGGUCCGCAUGAUGCGCGAGUGUUUUACGGAGGGGACGGCAAGCCGUAUACGAUUUUCGGAAGCAAUUCGCAGUUUACGUGCUUUGGGAUGUGGAUGCAGGAUUUCCGGGUGGUGGUGGAGUGGUGGGGGGUGCAAGUGGAGGCGUUUGGAGCGGGGGAGGGGUGGCGGGUUGCGGGGGAGUUGCAGCGGCCUGGGGUUCUACCUCUAGGAGCGAGUGAGGCUGGUGAUGGAAAAGGAAAGGGGGAUGAAAAGGGUAAUGAGGAGUUGAGGGCGGCGGGUGUUGCUGUUGAUGAGGAGAAACCAGAAAUUGCGCCAGGAUGGAGCGAGGUGGAAAAAAACUGGUUUGUGUUUUGGGCGCCUCCCCUUCCCCUCGACUCUGGCUCCUCCGACUCCUCCCCAGACUCAUCCCACCACAAACCCCAAGAUCAACAGCAACUCCAGACAUACAUCCAUUACGACUUUUACCCGCACCGCUCCUUCGCCCUCUUGCACGAUGACGGGUCCGCCACUGCCAUUCCCUCUUCUUUCAUGUCAGCUCACUCCGACGAGAAAUGUCUUUCUCACUUCUUGCCUCCCUUACCAUCCGCAGAACCAGUGUCAAUCCACCAAUCGACCAACAGCCUCCGACUCACCCUGUGUAAUCGCUCCGAGCCAACAUGCGUGGUGACGGAGGAGAAUACCUACAUCUUGACCAUGAUCCAGUACAAGACGUUUUACCACUUUCAUUCGGAAUAUGAGCCGUAUGUGGUGUUGUUUUCCCAAAAAGCGCCGGGGUUUGAAGUGUUUGGGGUGUCGCGGAAGCCGCUGUGGAUCGAGGGGCGAAAGAGAGAGAAAGGAGAGGAGGGACAGGAGAGAACGGACAUGUUUUAUGUGACUAGUGUUAAUUGGCGAGAUUACCACGGCGAUGACGAACAAGGGGCAGGGUAUCAUGGGUAUCUGGAUGAUGUUCUGAUUAUCGGGUUUGGCAUUGAGGAUAAGGAGAGUGGAGGGAUUGAUGUGUUGGCUGGGGAGUUGGUCAAGGGGAUCGGGAUUUGCUCCGAGGUUGUGGGCGAUGUGAAAGAGCAGGCGACGACGGUCUCGGUGUUCGGUGGUGGUGAGAAGCAAGUCGAGCAAGGGGAGAACGCUCCUCCGGGGUCUGAUGGGUUCCCCGCUCAGGACAUUCCACCGGAGAUUCCAGCUGAUUUUCCGGCCAAUUUCCCCGCGGCUGCUCCAGCUCCGGAACCGGUGCAAGCGGAUUUCGGUUUGGGACCGGGAGUGCAAAUGGACUCUCCGCCGCCGCAACCUCAGCCCGGGUCGCAGAACGGAAUCUGA